AUGGCUAAGUUUAGGUUGUCGUCUCUAGUGUUGCUCUUGGCAGCCUCAGCCGCCAAUGCCAAGCAUCGCAGUACCGCUAGCAAUCAGAACAACAACAAUGAUAUUUAUCGGCUGGGUAUUACGCCCAUUCUUCGUCGAGAGGAUCGGAACAGUGGCGACGCUCGAAGCGGUCCUGCAGAAGCGUGGGUGGAGACCUUCUCCAUGGCAAACAAGCCAAGGCGAAGCAUCGACCGGCAGCCACGCAAAUUGCUGUCCAAAACUGCCUUUGCCACCAGCAUUGCCUUCUUGACAGGAUUUGCGGAUGUCUUUUCCUUUCGAAUGAAUCGAUGUUACGCCAACAUGAUGACAGGCAACACCAUCAGACUGGCAUCGGCUCUAGGGGAGUUUCGAGGAAUGGAAGCGCUUCAUUUGGCGUCCAUGUUAUUCGCAUAUGCAUUUGGUGCCUUGGUUUAUCGAAGCAUGGUCCACUACCACAUUCUAGAAGAGAAAACCUCCAAACCUCAUGUCGCGGCUCGAACAUCAGCCUCCCCCGUAAUGUUGGCCAUGUUUGCCUUGUCGGAUUUACUGUUCUACAACAACAAUCUCAACAGCGGCGGCAGUGGACCGAAAAAUGUAAUUCCCUUGGCCCUGGCCUUUGGUCUUUUGAAUUCAGCCACUACAGAUGCCAUGGGCGGCACCAUUACAUUUGCCUUGACAGGACAUGUAUCCAAGCUUUCAAGUGGGAUAUCCGAUUGGUUCUUUGCCACGGAUCCCCGCAAGCGACGAAUCCGAUCCGCCACCAAAAUGUCAGCCAGGAUCAUGGGAUGGUUCGUAGCCGGAGUCCUUUGUGGUACUUGGUUGACCAUGAUUGGAUCUAACCAUGUACCCAUGGAGGCAUCUGGCUUGACAUUGCCAGCAUUCCUGGUGGGAGAACAGAACAGGCUACCCAUCUUUUCUAUAAUUGGCAUCAUUGCUGUCGCACUAAUACAGCUCUUUGACAGACCUCUCCCCAAUCUGGUUUGGGAUAUUCUAUCGCUGAUGGGACCCAACAAUUCAGGGGGCGAAGGAGAACAAAGAAAAGGGACAAACAACAACAAGGCUGACCUCUCGAUCAAUCUAUGGCCACAAUCUGCUAACUAA